AUGGCGGCGGCAACGACGACCACGACCACGACGACGGCGUUGAAGCGCAGGAGUAGGGACGGCGAGGCAGGGAGGGAGAGCGGCGCCAGGGGCAUGAUGAGACCUCCGGCGGUAGGCGGCACGGUCACCGGGUUGCUGUUUCUGGCGGUGGUAAUGGUGGUUGUGUGGGGGGGAACUUACCGGCGGCAGACGUGGCCGGAGAUGUUGAUCUGGGGCCAGGGCGGCGUUGCGGCUAGCAGUUCAUCAGCCAACUGCGUUGGUCAAGAGUCAAAUGAAUUCUAUGGUUUUUAUUUUUUAUUUUUUUCAGAUGAAGAAAAUGACGCUUCGCCUUCAUCCGUCGACAAGCUUCUCGGCGGGCUUCUCUCGCCUGACUUCGAAGAAGCCUCCUGCCUCAGUCGAUACCAAGCCGCUCUCUACCGGAAGCCAUCGCUCUACUCUCCUUCCGCUCACCUCCUCCGUCGCCUGCGCGACUACGAAGCCCUCCACCGGAAGUGCGCCCCCCACACCGACCUCUACAACCGUUCCGCCGCCCUGCUCCGCUCCGCCGCCGGCAACGCCUCCGCCCCCGCCGAGUGCAACUACGUCGUCUGGAUCCCCCACAACGGCAUCGGAAACAGAGUCCUCACCAUCGUCUCCGCCUUCUUCUACGCUCUCCUCAACCACAAGGUCCUCCUCCUCCACUCCACCGACGACUUCGCCGGCCUCCUCUGCGAGCCCUUCCCCGGCACCACAUGGACCCUCCCCGCCGAUUUCCCCCUCCACAACCUGCUCGAACUCGACACCGGCGCCCCCCAGAGCUUCGGAAACCUUCUCAAGUCGAAGGACUCCUCGAUUGGUUCUCGAUCUCACGUCUAUCUCCAUCUUCCCUGGUACUACCGCGAGGGGGACAAGCGGUUCUUCUGCGAGGACGCUCAGCGGACGCUGCGGAAGGUCCCGUGGUUGCUGCUGAAAUCGGACCACUACUUCGUGCCGUCCCUGUUUCUGGUCCCAGAGUACGCCGGCGAGCUUCGUCGACUGUUCCCGGAGCGCUCCGCCGUCUUCCACCACCUCGUCCGGUACCUCCUCCACCCGAGCAACGAGGUCUGGGAACGCGUCGUGGGGAAUUACAGAGAAUAUUUCGAAGGAGCCGACGAGAGAGUGGGCAUCCAAAUCAGGGUCUUCGACAACUUCCCCGUUCCUUUCGACCAGAUGCUGAACCAGGUCAUGAACUGUUCGCUCGGCGCCGGCGUGCUUCCGGCGGUCACCGGUGAGGCCGCAAGCUCGGUCGACGCGAAGGUGAAGGCCGUGGUGGUGACGAACUUGAGGUCGGGAUACUCGGAGCGGAUCAGGGAGGUGUACCACCAGCAGGCGACGGCGACAGGGGAGGUCGUCCGAGUGUUCCAGCCGAGCCACGAGGAGGCGCAGGCGACGGAGCACCGGGGCCACAACGUGAAGGCGCUGGCGGAGAUCGAGCUGCUCAGCCUCAGCGACGUCCUCGUGACGUCGGCCUGGUCGACCUUCGGGUACGUGGCGCAGGGUCUCGGCGGGCUCAAGCCAUGGGUCCUGCUGCGACACACGCAGUCAGCCGACGCGUGCCGUCGGGCGGCGUCACCGGAACCGUGCUUCCUCAUGCCCCCGGCACCGGCGCAGUGCUUCCGAGACGGCGGCGGGAACGCGAUGUUGAGCAAUGUGAGGCAAUGCGAAGAUGAAGUAAAUGGCAUCAAACUAUUUGAUUAAUUAGUUUCAGUAAAGAAAAACAUAUUGUUCAUCUGGAAAAAAAAAUUACACCAAAAGAAAGAUGAUUUUACUCAACAUCUAUGCUUGAUUGCUUCUCAUCACAAAUU